CGCAACACGCAACAGUCUUCUCGAGAUGAAAGUCUCUAUUGUACUAGUUUUGGUUUUUAUUUUCUACCCACAUCAUGGUGGUAGUUCCGAGCUCAACACGUCGAAGCCAAACGGGUUCAGAUCUGACUACAGUUACAGCAAGCUAACUGGAGGCUGGAUCAAAUUCCACAGCUUGUCUACCACGUGGGAAGACGCGCGACUACAGUGCUAUUAUGAAGGAGCCGAAUUGGUUUCACCAUUCAAUGAAAAUAUAAUUCAAAAGAUGAUUAUGCUGAUGGAGGCUCACGAGCCAUAUAUCUUCACUGGGAUUCACUCGACAUUUUCAAAGGGAGUCUACACAUCAGUUGGAGGUGUUCCUCUGCACGAGAUGCCCGUGAGUUUACACAGUUGUGACGUGUCCGGAAACUGCGUGACGAUGCGUUCCAACGGGCGAGUCGAAGCCCGCAACUGUUCCAGUCAAUAUCCAUACAUAUGCUUCAAAAAAGGACCAGAACAUCUGACACCGUCGGUUUGCGGGGCCGAUCAAGAGUACAAAUAUGAAAAACGAACUGGUAGCUGCUAUAAGUUUCACACACUCGGUCGAACCUGGCCUCAGGCGUUUAGAGUGUGCGUGGCGGAAGGCGGGCACCUGGCCAUCAUCAACAGUGACGUAGAAGCCGACGUCAUCAGGGGGAUAUUCCAGAACUACCCCAACGACGCCUUCCAGGCGGACGCCAAGUACGCAGCGAGCAUCGGAUUCCAAGGUUGGGGAGCAACGAAGAUCUGGUGGACAAUACACGGUCAAAUAUUGCAAGAUGCAGGAUACAGCAAGUGGGAUAAGUUUGUACCUGCCAUGAGAAGUACAAGGCAUUAUUGUGGUGCAGUAGGGAGGAAUGGGACAUUAUCUCACAUAGAGUGUGAGGGAGUCACUUUCCCUGCCAUUUGCGAAAAGAAAGCUGAUCUAGUUUAGUUCCUAAUUUUGAACAGCAACCAAGUAGCAGAUAAACAAGACCGCUAUUUAAAAAGUUUUACAUAAUUUAAAAUUUUUGUUUCACACAUUAUUAUGUAGUUACAUAGCUGGGCACCGUUAAUCAAAUAGUUAACUUCGUUAAUCGUUAAACCGUUAAUAAAAAAAUUAACUUCGUUAAACGUUAAAACGUUAUAUUUCGCAAGACUUAACGCAAGUUAACGUUAAUCGUUAAUCCGUUAACACAUGAUAAUAAAACGAAAAAAAUAAUUGUAAGUAUGCAAGGUUCAAAUAAUUUCGUAAGCUUGUAUCGCGCAUGGAAUUUAUUCCUCUUUUAUGUUUGCGCUACAAGCUUUCGAAAUUAUUUGAACCUUGCAUAAGUACAAUUAUUUUUUUCGUUUUAGUACAACUGCAUUUCAAAAUAAAAGCUUGUUUUAAAAAAAGUUCUUUUUUAUUAUAAUUUUAUUUUACACUUUUUAGGGUUCCGUAGUCCUGACAAGGAAGUAAGGAACCCUUACAGUUUCGAUAUGUCUGUCUGUCUGUCUGUCCGAGGUUUUGCUUGGAAACUAUUGGCACUAGAGAGCUGUAAUUUUGUGGAGGUAUUACGACAAAACAUGUAAAGUGGGGAUGAUUUUUUUUUCAUCUUCUACCACAUCGUGUGGGGUAUUUGCUUUUGAAAUGGAUUAGGGGUUUCUAAGACUAUUUUUCGAUUUAAGGAUCUGUUUGCAAAUUAUUAAAGUGCCAAUUUUUGUUCGAGUAGGGCGUCCCCCCCCCCCCCUCUAAAAACUAAACUGUUCGCUUGAAAAAUGUGGAAAAAUUUGUAAUAAUACUGCUUUUUAUGAACUUUCAAGGAAAACUAUAACGGUUAAGAUACAUCAGUUCGUUUAAAAGUAAUAGUCAUUAUUGACUCAUGUAUUAUAAAAUUUUUUAAUCAGUAAAAAUUCCUUAGAAGAAAAUAUGAAAGUGACUUUAGUUAGAUGAAGUAAUUGAUUGCUUCUGAAAUAUAUUGUGGUAACGACGGACAACUACGGAACCCUACACUGCGCGUGGCACGACACGCACUUGGACAAUUUAGCACCAAAGUGCUCGAAAAGACAAAUCCAACAAACCCAAACUCGAUAAGUUUUCACCGUUUCGUUUAGGAAUUCCUAUAGCCACUUCCUGACUCCAUCAUCAGAACCCUGGACAUCAUCUAGUACUAAAGUGGUCGAAAAGACAAAUCCAAUGAACCCAAAUUUGAUGCGAUUCCGCCAUUUCAUUUAGGAGUUCCUAUGGCCACCUCCUGACUCUACCAUCAGACUAGCUCAAUGGUACCAUAACAUUGCAUUGUCAUUGUAUUUACAUAAGUAUAGCAAAUUUCAGCUCAAUCUGUUGAGAAAAACUGGUCUUAAAUUCAGUUGCAAAAUUUGUCCCACAAGUGAAGUCAAUAUAAAGCUUGUAAAUAAAUAAAUAAAAAAUAGAAUUUUCUUAUAUCGUUAUAUAUCGUUUCGUUAGUGAUAUGGUUACAAAAACUGUUGUUUUGGCUUCUGGAAGUUCUGGAAGCCCGAACGUACUUGUCAGAACACAUUUUUCUAGAGUUUUUCAGCGUGCCUGCUGUAUAUUUUUGGUAAAUAGUAGGUACUGGAUUAACGAUUAACGGACUUAGGAUAAUUUAACGGAAGUUAACGAGUCCGUUAACAUUUUUCAAAGUUAACUUAAAAGUUAAUCCGUUAAUAGAAAUGUUAACUUCGUUAAUUAACGAUUAACGGAUUAACGAGUUAAUGCCCAGCUAUGUGUAGUUAUUAUUAAUGAAAUGAAAAAGCACGGUCAGUAUCAUGGUGAAAGUAGCUAAAAACUAUAUCAAAGGAACUUUAUUAUUAUUAAUUCUUAUUAUACGAGUAAAUCUUUUGAAUAAUGCAUUUUUUAUUUUGACAAGAUCCUAUAGCCGUAGCCAAGAUUCAGUGUUUAUAAAGUAAUCUUUAAAGUUUAGUUUUUAAGUAAUUAUAAGUUUUUGGUAAAUGUGUUAUCAAAUUGUAUAUUGAAUAAAUAUACGUACCUAAUUAGUAGAUUCAUGUAUUGAAGCCUUUAUUUCAAAAAAUUAACAUUUAAAUUUUAAGAACAAUACUUAGCAAUUUUAAAUAGUGUAAGUUUUGGAGGUCCGUGUAUUUUUGUGUGCGUAUAACUGAUACAAUAAUUGUACAGUGUAAAUGAUUUGUUGUACCUAAAUAAAGAGUUUACUUAAAUAGUU